AUGGGCCUUUUAACAUUCGUUUCGAUUCGUUCAUUAUCAGCGACCUCUUCAAACCUAUUUCGUGUAGUCGCUCGUGGCGUCGAAAGCCAAGAAUGUGCGUACCCGAUCGCCGGCAAAAAAACCGUCACAACUGAUAUUGAAAACGCAUUCGGAGGAAUAAAAUCUGGUGACCACAUAUUCGUGCAUGGCAUCGCAGCAACACCGACACCCCUUUUGGAAGUGUUCUGUGAAUACGUUAAGAGCAACGACUUGAAAAAGAUUACACUUCAUCAUCUGCACUUGGAGGGCCCCGUGCCGUGGACUGCUGCUGAUAUAAAGGACCGAAUACGAUCGAAUUCCCUCUUCACCGGCGGAAAUCUUCGGAAAGCAGUCAAUGAUGGUACGGCAGAUUUCAAUUCAACAUUUCUUCAUGAAGUGCCGUUACUUUUCCGUUCAGGUGCAAUCAAGCUCGAUGCAGCUUUCAUCCAGGUCUCAGAGCCAGACGUUUUUGGAUAUUGUAGUCUCGGAACGAGUGUGGAUGCUACUCGCGCAGCUGUGACUCAGGCUAAUCAUAUUAUUGCUAUGAUCAAUAGGAAUAUGCCUCGUACGUUUGGUGACUCAGUUAUCCAUGAAUCUCAUAUAGACGUUGCCAUUGAAUGUCAUGAUCACAAACUUCAUGAACGUCCCACUUCUGGUCAACCAUCUACCGAAGAAAAGAAGAUUGGCGAGCUCAUUGCUAAAAAUUUGGUAGAUAACGGUGCUACGCUUCAAAUGGGAAUUGGUGCAAUACCAGAUGCUGCAUUAGCUGCCUUAACUCAUCAUAAGGAUUUGGGUAUUCACACGGAAAUGUUUUCCGAUGGUGUGCUUGAUUUAAUUAAAUGCAAUGCUAUCACUAAUUCCAAGAAGACAUUUGAUAAUAACAUUUUAUAUAUUUUUAUAUUUUUUUUGCCACCCAUAUUUUGUAUCGUUUUCUUUGGUGAUGUGGCAUGGGUCAACGAUCCGGCUGUUAUUCGCGAAAUGCCAAAGAUGACUGCUAUUAAUUCCGCUGUAGAGAUUGAUCUCACUGGACAAGUUGUUAGUGAUUCUGUGGGUUCUCGAUUUAUUUCUGGAUUCGGUGGACAAGUCGAUUUCAUUCGUGGAUCAGCAAUUGGUGACGAUGGUCUUGGCAAGCCAAUUAUCGCUUUACCAUCAGUUACCAAAAAGGGUCAAUCGAAAAUUGUACCUUUCAUAAAUGAGGGUGGUGGAGUUGUAACUUCUCGUGCACAUGUUCAUUAUGUUGUUACGGAAAAUGGUAUCGCACAGUUGUGGGGUAAGAAUAUGCGACAACGAGCUUAUGAACUUAUCAAAAUCGCCAACCCUAGCACCCAAGCUUUUCUUGAAAAAGCAGCUUUCAAUCGUCUGAAGGUUAUGCCAUCACCAGAUUAG